AAAAGCUAAUUUUGCCUUCUCAGCUCUCAAGAGAAGCUCCAAAUUGAACUCUUUCUCCAUUACCCAUUUCCAUUAUAUACUUGAUUCUUCAUUUACAGAGGCGUCUUGCUGAGGGAAAACAUGGUUGCUCUUGUUCAAAAACUCCCUUUUCUUUCUUCUCCCACUAAUCCCAGAAAACCCAAUUCAUCUUACAUCAACCCAAUUCGUUGUUCAAUAAACUACACACCCUCUUCUCCAUUCACUGAAAAACAUUCAAUCGAACGUUACCAAAGAGACCAAUGGAUUUACAAAAAUCAAUUGGACCAACCAGCUGCCUCUUGUCCAAUCUCAUCAGAUACAAGUUCAAUUCGGGACUACGACAUCUCUGUGCAGCUCCCAGAGCUGCGGCGGCUGCUUGAGGUUUUGAAAGAGAAGAGAGAAAGCAGGGGAGAUAAAGGGAGUGGACCUGGUAAUGUGUUCUUAGUUGGGACAGGACCUGGUGAUCCGGAAUUGUUGACUUUGAAAGCUUUGAGAGUUAUUCAAGGUGCUGAUCUUUUGUUGUAUGAUCGUUUGGUGUCAAAUGAAGUACUUAAUUUGGUGGGUCCUAAUGCUAGGCUUCUUUAUGUGGGUAAAACUGCUGGUUAUCAUAGUCGAACCCAGGAAGAGAUUCAUGAGUUGCUUUUAAGUUUUGCUGAAGCUGGUGCAAAUGUUGUGAGGCUUAAAGGAGGGGAUCCUUUGGUUUUUGGAAGGGGUGGAGAAGAAAUGGAUUUCCUGCAGCAACAAGGGAUUCAAGUUCAGGUUAUUCCAGGGAUAACCGCGGCUUCUGGUAUAGCAGCAGAACUCGGGAUUCCACUUACACACAGGGGCAUUUCAAACAGUGUUCGGUUUCUAACAGGUCACUCUAGAAAAGGAGGAAACGAUCCUCUCUUUGUAGCAGAGAGUGCAGCCGAUUCUGAUUCAACUUUAGUCGUUUACAUGGGUUUAUCGACUCUCCCAUCUCUUGCUCACAAGUUAAUGGCUCUCGGUUUGCCUCCAGACACUCCAGCAGCGGCUGUCGAAAGGGGAACCACCCCUCAACAACGAAUGGUUUUUUCGGAAUUGAAAGAUCUUGGAGAUGAGAUAGCUUUGGCUCGGUUAGAAUCACCAACACUUAUCAUCAUUGGGAAGGUAGUUGCUCUUUCACCAUUAUGGCCUAAUUCCUCUUCCAAAGAGAAGUAUUCUUCCUUUGUUGAAGCCAGAUGAGAUUGAGACUUGGUUCGCGGUUUUGUCCUCUACUUGGCCUUCAAUUUCUUUCCUGUUGUAAGCUGUACUAUUGUUAGAAUUGAUUUGGAAUAAUCCAAGUCAAACAAGCCUUUAAUUUAGUUUCCCAGAUCUUUUACUUGAAACAACAAUCCAAAUUAUGGUUUAAUUUGGAUUGUAAUGGGGGGUAGGUCUGUGUCAUGACCUUGAUUUGGGAGUUUUAAGUUUCUUUUGCCAUGUCU